AGUUAUGACUGCUCACUCGACUUGCAGAUGUGUUCAGCUUGUCAGUCUUGAAAGAUUUUGCACCUAAACUGGGUGUGGGACUCUUGGCAGUGUUUGUGCUGAAUCAUGUGGAUAUCGAACAAUGACUGGCUGGACAAAACUGACAACUAAUGAAAUAACUUUGUGGGAGUGUGACAGCUUGGGGUGGGGGGAGGCUACACGGUGACCCCUCAUUUCAGUGUGCUGGGCCUAUGGCAGGCCGAUCUGCUGGCCGGCUUGGACACUGUGGGUACUGUUGGCAGAGUUUCCACCCCUGGGCGUCCCGUAUAUAUUGAGCUCAUCAUGCCAUCACAAACACACUGGCACAGACAGUUUCAUCUUUGCCAAUCCAUUCACUAUGGCCACAGACCACCAGAACCCUGCAACCAAGCAGCAGCAGCCAGGCACCAGUGCAUUUAAGCUGGUUAUCUAUGAGCAGGAAAACUUCCAGGGACGCUGCCAUGAGCUGACUGGUCCCUGCAACAACCUCCAGGAAGAAGGCAUGGAGAAAGUGGGCUCCAUACUGGUGCUGUGUGGACCAUGGGUGGGAUACGAGCAGGCCAGCUGUAAGGGGGAGCAGUAUGUGUUUGAGAAGGGGGAGUAUCCUCGCUGGGAUUCCUGGACCAACAGCAGGCGUAGUGACACCAUUAUUGCAUUCCGCCCGAUUAAAGUGGACAGCCAGGAGCACAAGAUUGUCCUUUACGAAAACCCCAGCUUUGCAGGGAAGAAGAUAGAAAUCAUAGAUGAUGAUGUCCCUAGUUUUCACGCACAUGGCUACCAGGAAAAGGUCUCCUCUGUUCGGGUUCAGAGUGGCACUUGGGUGGGCUAUCAGUAUCCAGGCUACAGAGGCUAUCAGUACCUGUUUGAAAAGGGGGAGUAUAAGGACAGCACUGAGUUCGGAGCCCAGAUUCCUCAGAUCCAGUCGGUUCGGCGCAUCAGAGACAUGCAGUGGCAUCAGAGGGGUGCUUUUCACCCCGUCAACUAAGCUUGUGACUCUUUCCUGUCAUGAACCCUGACCUCAGCAGCCUUGCUCCCUCCCAGCAUCCACCCCUUUGUCCUUCAUUUACACCAUACAGCAUUUUGAUAUCUAUUGCAGCUAUUGCAGUAGUGACCUUCUUUGAAGCAAACUAAUAAAUCCUUAUUGCUUACAUUUGA